AUGUCAUAAAUCAUUCAUCCUAAGUUUAAUGUAGAGUGGACAACUUAUGAUUUGGCAAACUUCUCUCCCACUAAAUAAAAAUUCUCCUUCCCUAAAUCAGGGAGAUUCCCAAUGGUGCAAAAGCCUCUUCAUGAUAAAGUUGGCUAUGACCUCCCUAACACUAAGGCAAUGAGAGGAGCUUCAUUUGGAUUUGGUAAUCGCUCAGGCUUACAUGCUUUCAAGAAAGACUCUCCAUCUCCUGAUAAAUAUACCAUGAGGUCAGUGUUCGAAGAAUCCACACAAGAUAAAAGAUUUAAGAAUAUUAAUAAAUCCUAUUGCUUCGGAACUGGAAGGGAGGCUUUCAAUAAAGUAGUCAUGCCUGCUAAAUUAAACUAACCUGAUCCCAUAGUCCCAGGUCCUGGUCAAUACGAUAGUUUGAAAUCUAUUGGAGCUGAUAAGCGAAAAUUUUCAUUUGGUCCGAAAACUUUAUACGGUGAUGUAGCAGCUAUGGAAAGGAAGAAAAAUGUGCCAGGUCCAGGUUACUACGAAGACACUUUAUCCAUUGAUAGCGUGGGCAAAUACUUUGUUUCUACAUUCUUAAAUUCAAAGGCACCUGCCAUAAGUCCUUCUUAGAGAUUUAAAACAGCCAGUAAUGCUUCGAAUUUUCCAGGGCCAGGAGGCUAUGAUUUGCCUGGCCAAAUGGACUAGAACAUUGGAAAGCAACUUAUCUCAACAUAUAAAAGUGUUAAAGUGAGAAGAUUUGGCACUGCUUAAAGACCCGACAUUGCUCUAAACCAACCUACACCAGGUCCUGGAACUUAUAGGCCCCCAAGUGAUUUCGGCUACAUUGAUUUUAAGUCAAAACAUAACUACAAAGUGAUAGGCCUAAAAGCGAACAGAUCCCUCAUGACUUAGUUUGGCAGAAGAACUAAUUUCAGUCAAAUAACAGAUCAAAAGGCUAGAAUGAAUACAAGUUUAAUGAUGGAUGGAGGCAACAGCUUAGAUGAUCUCACAAUGAAGAGAAACAAUAUGUCUGUGGAGGAAUAAAUUAGAAUAGAACAGAAUAAAACUAGCAUGAGAAAUUGA